UUCAACACUGUUCCCUUCACAAGCUCAUUAAAUGCAAUAUGUAAUAAAAAAAUAUUCCUCUUUUCACUAUUGCCAACAAAAAUUUUUAACUGAUUGUUUUAUUAAGUAAAUGAUUCCCGUGUUCUUACUAUUUCUCCAUCGACAUUCCACCUACAAUUUCUCCUAUCCACCUCAGAGCGAUCGAGUAUAAAUAUGAAAAGGUGGGCGAUUGAAGGUAUCCAGUGAUCGAAGUGACUUCAAACAGUGAACAGUUUUCCUUCUAUUAGUGAUUUCAAAGAACGAACAAAAAGUUUCAAAAUGAAGGUUGUUAUUGCUCUGGCUCUUUGCAUUGCCUUUGCCGUUGUCCUCGAGGCUGGAAUUCCAAUCAGCCACACAAUGAGGCACGACGAUUUUGAGCCCAUCAAGGAAGACUGGCACAUCCCUAGCUAUGAAUACAAGUACGGAGUGGAGGACCCAAAGACUGGAGACCACAAAGAACAGUGGGAGCAUCGUCAUCAUGAUCACGUCAAAGGUGGCUACUCACUCCACGAUGCUGAUGGCACACACCGCAUCGUUGAGUACACCUCCGACCCAAAGACUGGUUUCCACGCCAUCGUGAAGACUGAAGGACACGCUAAGCAUCCCCUUCACUACGGGAUUGGCGCUCUCUGCAUUGCCUACGUGUUGAUUGUCGAGGCCGGAAUCCCUAUCAGUCACACAAUGCGACAUGAUGACUUUGAGCCUAUCAAGGAGGGCUGGCACAUUCCCAGUUAUGAAUACAAGUACGGAGUGGCGGAUCCGAAAACUGGAGACCAUAAAGAGGCCUGGGAGCAUCGUCAUCAUGAUCACGUCAAAGGUGGUUACUCACUCCACGAUGCUGAUGGUACACACCGUAUCGUUGAGUACACUUCCGACCCAAAGACUGGUUUCCACGCCAUCGUGAAGACUGAAGGACACGCUAAGCAUCCCCUUCACUACGGGAUUGGCGGUGGGGUCGGAGGUGGAUUCUAA